AUGAAUAAUUCACAGGAUUCUAUUGAAGCUUUGGAUAUGGAGCAGAAGCUAUCAUUGACUGCUAUUAGACAGUUUUUGAAAUCGAAAACUUCUUAUGAUGUUUUGCCAGUUUCAUUUAGAUUAAUUGUAUUAGAUACCUCUUUGUUAGUUAAAAAGGCUUUGAACGUUUUAUUGCAAAAUAAUAUCGUUUCUGCUCCGUUGUGGGAUGCUAAAACUUCAAGGUUUGCAGGUCUAUUGACUUCUGAUGAUUUUAUUAAUGUGAUCCAAUACUAUUUUUCAAAUCCUGAUAAAUUCGAUUUAGUCGAUAAAUUACAAUUAGGUGGAUUAAGAGAUAUCGAAAGAGCUAUUGGUGCUGUACCAUUGGACACAGAAUCCAUCCAUCCAUCAAGACCUUUAUAUGAGGCUUGUGUGAUGAUGUUGAAUUCCAGAAGUAGAAGAAUUCCAUUGAUUGAUCAAGAUGAAGAAACUUCAAGAGAAAUUGUUGUCAGUGUUUUAACCCAAUAUAGAAUUUUGAAAUUUAUUGCAUUAAAUUGUAGAGAAACCCAUUUUUUGAAAAAACCAAUAUCUGAAUUAAAUAUCAUUGCUAAGGGAAAUUUAAGAAGCUGUCAAAUGUCAACACCGGUAAUCGAUGUUAUUCAAUUACUAUCCCAAGGUAAUGUCUCAUCAAUUCCUAUUGUAGACGAUGAUGGCCGUCUAAUUAAUGUUUACGAAGCUGUUGAUGUCUUGGGUCUAAUUAAAGGUGGUAUCUACAAUGAUUUAUCUCUAAGUGUAGGUGAAGCACUAAUGAGAAGAAGUGACGAUUUUGAAGGUGUUUACACUUGUACAGAACAUGAUAAACUAUCCACACUACUUGAUACUACUAGAAAAUCAAGCGUUCACAGAUUCUUUGUUGUUGAUCAAUCAGGAAAACUUGAAGGUGUGCUAUCCUUAGGUGAUAUCCUAAGAUACAUCCUGUUAGGUGAAAAUUAA